AUGACUGACAAGGCAGGGUCUGUCUACCGUCCUAAUGACGCAUCAAUUGAACUGGACGACAGCAUGUUUGGAGACAAGUCCAGUUAUCAUUACAAUUUGACCUUGUGCACUCCAAGAGACAACAAGAAUGGAGCCAAUGACGCUGUAAUUGAAGAUGCCGAGCGUGACUGUCAACUGACAAAGUCCACAGCCGCCGACGCUGCCGACAUGCGCCGCAUGGGAAGAAGCCAGGAACUCGUCCGAAAUUUUCGCAUGUUCUCAGUUGCUUCGUUUGCCGCAGUAGCUACUGCGGCCUGGGAGUGUGCCAUGUUCCAGAUCACGCCUGCCCUCCUGGAUGGUGGCAGGCCGGGCUUGCUAUACUCGACCAUCUGGGCCAUCGUCGGCUUCACGCCCAUCUAUCUGAGCAUGGCUGAAAUGGCUAGCAUGGCCCCCAUUGCCGGUGCCCAGUACCAUUGGGUCAGCGAAUUUGCACCGGAGAGCAUGCAAAGACUUCUCAGUUACGUGAGCGGAUGGACAUCGACUCUGGCGAUGCAAGCUGGUCAAGCCAUUGGCAUUCUUUUAACAGGAACUUUAAUCCAGACCAUAAUUCUUGUUAACAACCCAGACUAUACAAGCCCGUCAUGGCACGUGUUUCUCUUCAUCGUCGCGGCUGUUGUAACAGCCUUUGCUGGUAGCGUCUGGGGUCAUCGGUCUUUGCCGCGCUGGCAAAACAUCGCAUUUGCCUUGCACGUACUGGCCUACUUUGCCAUUAUUAUCCCUGUCUGGGUGAAUGGGCCAAAAGCCACGUCGGAGCAGGUAUGGACAGAGUUUGAGAACUCUGGAGGAUGGCCGAGUUUGACCCUUGCCGUCUUGAUCGGCCAGGCGCCCGGUGCGGGUUUUCUGGUUGGCGCUGAUGUGGGUGUACACAUAUCCGAGGAAGUUCGAAAUGCGGCCACGUCUGUUCCCAAGGCCAUGUUGGCAGUCUUCGUGUCCAACUUUUUGUUGACACUGCCCCUUCUGGUGACGAUUGUAUAUCACCUUCCCGACAUUGCCGUUGCUCUCAAAGACAACACAAGUUACCCGGUUGUCUACGUGCUGCGCCAGUCCAUGUCGACGAAUUGGGUCACUGGCGUCCUUGUCGUCGUCAAUUUCCUUGUCGUCUGUUCCAACGUUUCAUUCCUCACGGCUGCUAGUCGCGACCUCUUUGCGUUUUCUCGCGACAAGGGAUUUCCGCUCUCCGACUGGAUCUCCAAAAUUGACCCAAAGCGGCCGGUGCCUCAAAACGCAGCCAUUCUGACCAGCAUCUCGACGCUUGGAAUGGCGCUCAUUUACCUUGGCAGUCCUGUUGCCUUCUAUGCCAUUUCGUCGCUCUUCACUGUGGCCCUGCUCCAAUGCUAUUGCUUAAGCAUUGGCUGCUUCUUGUGGAGAAGAAUCUAUUACCCCGAGACCCUCCCGCAUGCUCAGUUCUCCCUGGGCAGAUAUGGGAUUCCGAUAAACGCAGUCGCAGUCCUCUUUGCCUUGUGGACUUUCUUCUGGGCCUUUUGGCCAGAGUCAUACCCCGUCACUGCAACAAAUUUCAAUUGGUCCUCGGUAUUGUUCGGAACAGCCCUUAUCGGGGCACUGGUGCAUUUUGCUCUUGUCGGCCGACACAGAUAUCACGGACCAGUUGCUUUAGUCGACGGAAGAAAAGUGAGGUCGUUCAGCCGGUAA